AUGUCAUCUCAUACUAAGAUAAUACUGGACUUUCUAUCACUGGAGGGUCUUAAAGACUCUCCAAGCACAGUGUCGACGCUAGUCGCCGUGGCAGUCGUUCUUUUCACAAUCAUUAUCUAUCAGAUUACAUUUGCUACUGACAUUCCUCACAUAAAGGGCCUCCCUGAAAUUCCCGGCGCUGUUCCAAUAUUUGGCCAUCUUCUAAAGCUUGGUGAAGAUCAUGCUACAGUAUGUGAGAAAUGGUGGCGACAAUACAACCACUCCGUCUACCAGAUCUCCUUGGGGAAUACUCGAGCUGUGGUAGUGAAUUCCUUUGAAGACUGCAAGAAAAUGCUUCUUGGAAACCAGAACGCAGUUAUUGACAGGCCCAAACUUUACACUUUUCAUGGUCUCAUCAGCAGUACUCAAGGCUUCACCAUAGGCUCAUCGCCUUGGGACGAGUCUUGCAAGAAGAAGCGCAAAGCUGCUGGAACAGCACUCGGACGGCCAGCUCUGAGAAACUAUUACCCUAUGUUCGACUUAGAGAGUUAUUGUAUUCUUCGAGACAUAAAAAAGGAUAGCCGAAAUGGCGAGAUUGAACUUGACGUUCGUCCGUACAUCCAGCGUUAUGCGCUGAAUACGACGCUCACUCUCUGUUAUGGAAUUCGCAUGGAUGCAGUCUACGACGAGUUAUUACGCGAAAUUCUUCAUGUUGGGUCCGCUAUUUCACUUCUACGCAGCGCAUCGGAGAACUAUCAGGAUUACGUUCCAAUUCUACGAUACGUGCCGAAUAACGAGAAGAAUUCCCGGAGCAAAGAGCUACGUGAUAGACGAGACGCCUAUCUGAAUCUUCUUCUCGACAAGGUCCGAGUAAUGAUCAAGGAAGGCAAGGACAAACCUUGCAUUUCAGCUGCAAUUCUCAAAGACGAAGAGACGAAGCUUACCGGUGUUGAAGUUUCUUCUAUAUGCCUUUCAUUAGUAUCAGGGGGAUUUGAAACAAUACCAGGAACGUUGACUUCCGCCAUUGGAUCGCUUUCAACACCAGAGGGUCAGAUUUGGCAGGACCGAGCUUAUGAAGACAUUAAGCGCCACUAUCCCGAUAUGCGCGAUGCUUGGGCCAAUUGCUUCGUCGAAGAAAAGAUUCCUUACAUCAACGCGAUUAUUAAAGAAGCGGGCCGGUUUUAUACCGUUAGUGCCAUGAGUUUGCCAAGGAAGACGGUAACUGCAGUCAACUGGAAUGGUGCCAUCAUCCCGCCUAAGACAAUGAUUCUGAUCAAUGCGCAAGCCGGCAAUCAUGACGUCGACCACUUUGGAGAGAAUGCAAGCAAUUUCAACCCUGAGCGUUGGCUAAAGAGCCUAGACCCUCCGCAAGAGCGUGAGAUAAGUGGGUUGCCACAUCUCAGCUUCGGAACGGGUUCUCGCGCAUGUUCGGGUCAAUACAUCGCUUCGCGCCUCCUAUAUGCGGCCUUGGUGCGUCUCUUGUCUAGCUACAAAAUUGUGGCAAGCGACGAAGCGCCCCCAAACACUAACUACGUCGAUUAUAACGAGAUCAAGACUGCGCUAGUAGCGAUCCCACGGUUCUUCAAAGUGAAGCUGAUUCCUCGUGACACAGCUAUGACUGCCGAAUGUUUAGAGCUCGCAGAGCAACGGACUAAGGAUCAUUAUAAAGAGGGUCUUGUGGUUAAUGGCGCCAAAGUCUAUGUAGUCGCCCUACCGACAGAACCUAUAGAUGACCGGGUUAUCGAGCUCCGUGUGCUUGGAAAAAGCUCUGGCGGAACCGCCGUGGGUGUCGCUUGUGACGUCUCAUCUAAGAAGGGGAUAUCUGAUCUUACAGCGAGAAUCUUACAGCAAGAGCAAUCCAUCGAUCUUCUAGUAUCCAACGCCGGUAUUAGGAGAGACCCCGCCAUCCUGUGUGAUGUUCAAUCAGCAUCUCUAGAUGAGCUGCAUGCCUCUAUGUGGUCUUCUAAAGAUUCUGACUGGAGAGACACCUUCAGUGUGAAUAGCACUGCUCACUACUUUCUGUCUGUCGCGUUUCUACCUUUGCUAGUAGCAGCGGCGCAAAAGGAUAGGACUUCCGGCCGCGGCUCGAUUGUGAUAACUAGCUCUUGUGCGAGCAUGCACAAUGUGACUAAUGUCGAUUUAACGAGCUAUGCGACAAGCAAAGCUGCUACUGAUCACCUAGUCAGGCUACUCGCAGCGAAGUUCAGUCGAUUCUAUGUCCGGGUGAAUGGUAUCAACCCAGGUUUUGUUCCUAGUAAGAUGAACCCUGUUGGUGAAGAGGGGAACGUUUUCAGCAAUUUAUUUGAUAAGGUUCCGGCACGGAGGGCUGGGGGAGAAGAAGAUAUCGCGAGCGUUGUCAUCUACCUAGCGAGUCGCGCGGGGGCAUAUGUUGAUGGUAUCUCUGUUUGUGUCGAUGGAGGUCGCAUUUUACUAGCGAAUGGACAAUAA